AUGUUAAAAGAAUAUGAAGUGGAAAGUCUUAUCAAAUUUUUGCGGGAAGAUCCUAAAUUAAGAGGCUUAGAACUUGACAAUAGCUUUUUUAUGAAGCUUCGUGAUGAAGAAAUCACUGGUAAUUUAUUUCUCAAGCUAACCAGAUGGAAAUUUAAGGAAUAUGGAAUGAUAUUAAGACAAGCAUUAGAACUUGAGGAUUAUAUUAAGGAGCUAAAAGCAAAAGAAGGUUUAGGGAAAUAUCUCAUCCCAAAAAAUAAAUAG